CAAAACCGCUACAAAGAAAAAGAAGAGAAGCCCCGCCCCCUCUCAUCUGGCUUUGCUGUCACAGAAAGCGUAGAACUGGAAUCAAUAAGCGACUUUCGAGGGUGAAUUCCCCUUAUUUUUUAAAUUAGAACUCCAGCAAACCCAGGUUCAAAGGUCUGAGGGACAGAGCCAGCACGGAGGUUGAGGGGGAUUAGAACCUGCUGCCACCAUCUUGGCGAGCGUCUUCUUCACUGAAGAAGGUCUGUUAUUUCUUAAAAAUUGAAGGAGUCCAGCUUCACCUCCUCACUGUUCCAGCCCUGGGCCUCAACCCACCACCUCCAGCACGUCCUCAUAGGAGGGGUCAGAGGGAUCCGUGUCGUAGUACGGCAGCUGGUUCACCAUUCCUGCAGACACGCGCCUGCUCAGCACACCAUGCACCAGAGAGCCGCCAGCUAAGUACGCUGGUCAUCUUUCAUGUAACCACAGCUGAAGUAGCCCUGACUGUUAUUGUUAGUAACGUUAAACCCGUAGCAACACUUUUGCCCGGCACCUUUUCUACCCCGUUUCUAAAAUGUGGACUACAAUCAAAAAAAGAAAAGUUGACUAUGAGGGCCGUCGCUUCCAGGACAGGUGGAAACUGGCAUAUUUCUUUACGGACAUACAAAACAACUGUGUGUGUCUGAUAUGCCAGGACACCGUGGCUGUUUUUAAGGAGUUUAACAUCAGGAGGCAUUACCAGACGAAACAUGCUAGCUAUGACAACCUCACUGGGGUGCAGCGGCGUGAAAAAUUGGAGCAGCUGGAAAGUGCUUUGACGACUCAGCAGAGUAUUUGUGCCAUUAAAAGUGAGCCAGAUGACAACACCACACAAGCCAGCUACGAGGUAGCAACGCUGAUCGCAAAGCACUGCAAACCUUUUACAGAUGGGGAAUUUAUUAAAGACUGUUUGAUGAAAAUAGUGGAGACCAUUUGUCCUGAGAAGAAGCACGAGUUUGCUAAUGUUUGCCUGGAUCACAACACCGUGGUCCAGAGAAUUGAAGACAUUUCGAUUGCUAUUAAAAGACAGCUGGAGGUAAAGGGAGCCAAGUUUGAAUUUUUUUCUUUAGCCUGCGAUGAAAGUACAGACGCCUCCAACACCGCUCAGCUGCUGAUCUUUUUGAGAGGAGUGGACCGUGACAUGAACGUGAGCGAAGAGCUGCUGGAGCUUCAGGGCCUGACGGGCCAAACCACGGGAACGGAUUUGUUUGUUUCUCUCUGUUCCGCCGUUGAUGACAUGAACCUGCCGUGGAAUAAAGUCAGUGGGAUCAUCACGGAUGGCACACCCGCCAUGGCAGACGAGCAGAGUGGACUCGCAACCUUAGUCUGUAACAAAGUGGCAGAAGACGGCGGCAAAGCGAUAAAACUGCACUGCAUUAUUCACCAAGAAGUUCUGUGCGCCAAACACCUGAAAUAUGAGCAUGUGAUGAAACCAGUGAUAACCGCCAUCAAUUCUAUUCGCUCCAAAGCUCGGUGCCAUCACCAGUUUCAGCAAUAUCUGCUCGACAUCCAGGCCGAAUAUGGAGAUGUUGUGUACCACAGCGACGUACGCUGGCUCAGUCGGGGAUCGGCCCUGCACCACUUCUACUUUCUUAAGGAGGAAAUCGGACAAUUCCUGGCAUCAAAGGGGCAGCCCAUGCCAGAACUAUCUGACCCCGUUUGGCUGGCUGACUUGGCCUUUUUGGUUGAUAUAACCCGGCAUCUGAACGCACUGAACACGAGUCUCCAGGGGGAAAACGCCGCGGUAAGCCAACUGUAUUCGCACAUCAAAGCUUUUGGGACCAAGCUGCAACUUUUUCAAAAACACCUGUUACAAAGGCCGCCCAACCCGGCCCAUUUCCCACUGCUGCAGGAAAUAAUGACCAGUUUAUCGCAGAACAAUGUCAGUGCCCAAAUGAGGAAGUACGCAGCAGACAUGGCAUCCCUGGCUGAGGAGUUUCAGCAGCGCUUUCAGGACUUUGCAGCUAUAGAAAAGGAGAUCACGCUUUUCUCCUCUCCUUUCUCCGUGCGGCCCGACGAGGCUCCAGACCACCUACAGAUGGAGCUCAUUGAGCUGCAGUGCGACAUCGAGUGUUGCAGUCGACACCAACAGCUCCCUCUUGUCAGCUUUUACCGCCAGCUGGAUAAAAGCAGGUUUAGACGGAUUCGAACAUUUGCCAUGAAAAUGCUGAGCUUGUUUGGCUCCACCUACUUGUGCGAGAAGACCUUCUCUGUCAUGAACUUCAACAAAAACUGCGUGAGGACGAGACUGAACGACUCUCACUUGCGGGACAUCCUGCGCAUCAAAACCACAGUCUGUGAGCCGGACCUGGCCUUUGUAAUGCAGUCCAGAUCUUACUAUUACCAUCAGCUUAGUGCAGAGAAGUUAUCCGGUUAGUCUUCUGUGGUGAAUCUAUUCAAAAUUGCAGAUUUUUUUUGUACAUUUGAUUAAAACUAAGGGGUUUGUACUGAAAAAGAUUAAGUUUUCUUGUUCUCACUGUUAAAAUUUUAUAGUGAGUAUUUCAUAGUGAACAAAUGCAACAUUUCUAAUGAAACCAGAUUCAAUGUUGAUCACAUUUUUUUCCCCAGACAGACUUUUUUUUUCUCCAACUGUGGAAUUCAUUAAUUUUGGUUGAAAUGUUUUUAGAUGUUUGUGUGAAGCAAUGAAAAUACUCCUGCGAUAAAAUGUUCACUAAACAGUUCAUGUAUUCUCAUUAAAAUAGUUGGUCAGGCCGAAUGGUUGGCCCUCACACACCUCAUCAAAUCUGGCAAUCUGAAAUGUUUGGACACCCCUGGUGUGAGAGAACUAGAGCGAGUGAGAGUGACGUCAUCCAAAGAAAAGGACUUUCAGUUUUUCUAGUGUCUGCUAGAGCUUUUCCACCACCUACAAUAUGCAGAGGCUUGAUGCAAAUAGUAAAUAAAUGUAUGUCUUGGUGAUUCUGGCACAAACAGCAAUUAUUACUGUCUACAUGAUUGUGUUUACAACAGUUUAUAAUUCCGUGUUUUGGAAAGGACACCUUCCACACGCCACUACCAAAUCCAAGUCCCCGAUUGGUCAAAGUUCAGCCGUUUGAUGUUCAAGAAGUUGAAAAUUCCACUGCUUGAACAUCACAGAUCUGCAGGUGUGGUACCAUGUAAAAACAGUCCAAGAAGUUAAGUAAAGUUCACAAAAAGUUUGACCCCUUUAGAUUUAGUGAGUUCCCUUGUUUAUCGUAGGAUUUACGUUCUAUAAAUAAUCUGUGAUAAGUGAAAUCUGUAAAGUAGAAUUACAGAAGUUAAAGGUUGUAAAAUCUAUCACUUCACAAGUCACACCCUUCUCCCAGUGUGUGUGUGUGUGUGUUAACCUGAGGCGGUGCAGAAAGCACAGACUUUUCCUGGAAGGGGCUGUUCUCACUUUUCUAUGUCCCAGUGUGAGGAUCCACUCGUUUUCAUGGAUCGGGAGGGGCCGAGGAAUACUCAGAUAUGCGUGAAUGCUCAAAAUACCACUUUGGGGUUUGUUUUUGUAAGGAAUUACCAUUAUACAGUUAAGAGCUUAAAUGUUGAAUUUAGAUGUUAUAGACUCUUUAAACUCAAAGUUCAAACUUACAUAGAAAAAUAAGUCAAGUAUUAUGAAAUUAAAACAAAUGUUUGCGACUGA